AUGGCGACCUCGGACCUCUGCAACGAGCUCCAGAACGACAUUGAGCUUGGCCCGGACCUUGAGCGCAAGAUCUGCGCUGCGGUCCUCAAGCAGCUGGAUGAUAAGUCCAACGACGUGCAGUCGAUCGCUGUGAAAUGUUUGGGUAUCCUUGUGACGAAGGUCCAGGAGAAGCAAGUUGGCGACAUCUGCGAGAAGCUUUGCGACUUGAUCUUUACGGGCAAGCCCGAGCUCCGUGACAUCUACUCGAUCGGCCUCAAGACCAUCUUGACGGACGUUUCGCAGAAGACUGGUGCGUCGAUCUCGACGGCGCUCUGCGGUCGCCUCCUCAACGGUAUCUCGCAUUACGCAGACCAGGCCAUCAAGUCGGAGACGCUGGACAUCUUGACGGAACUCUUGAAGCGCUUCGGCGCCGACUUCCAGUCCGAGCAUGUGGCCAUCAUGGACCUUCUUCUAAAGGAGCUCAGCGAUGAACGAGCCUUUGUGCGCAAGCGCGUGACGUCGUGCCUUGGUGCGCUGGGUGUUGUCGCAGCCGACGCUCUUCUGCACCGUUUGGUCGAACACUUGCUCCAAAGCGUCGAAAACAACCACGAAGCGGACAAGCGCACGCUGAUCCAGACGAUCGGUACGCUCUCGCGCUCGGUGGGACAUCGUCUCGGCCGUCAUCUCCCCGUGAUUGUCCCGCUCUUCUUGACGUUUUGCGGCUCCCCAGACGACGAAUCGAUGCAAAACGACGUCUCGAACGAGCUUCGCGAGAAUUGCUUCCAGGGCCUAGAGUCGUUCUUGCUGCGCUGCCACGCGGAGAUCACGGUACACGUCAAGAACAUCAUUGCCACGGCCAUGAAGUUCACGAAGUACGACCCGAACUACAUGUAUGACUCGGAGAACGAAGACAUGGACGAGGACAUGGACGAUGAAGAGCAGUACAGCGAACCCGAGGACAAUGAUUACAGCGACGACGAUGACGCGAGCUGGAAGGUGCGCCGUGCUGCGCUUCGCGUCAUGUCGGCCGUUAUCACCACGCGCCCGGAGCUCCUCGACGACAUCUACGCCGAAUGCAGCGAGCCGCUUGUCUCGCGUUUCAAGGAGCGGGAAGAGAGCGUCCGCAUCGACGUUUUCUCGGUCUUCUCGGACCUCCUGCGCGUCACGCUUGUGCAUUUGGCGCCCGUGAGCUCGGGCAACCCCGAAGCUGGUGGCCAUCCCGCGCUUGUCCGCCAGCGCUCGUGCGGUGGCCAGCUCCACACGCGUGUUGGUACGAUCUUGGGCGCCGCGAACAAGCAGCUUGGCCCCAAAAUUUCGGUGGCCACGCGAUGCGCCGUCUUCGGUAUGCUGCGCGAGCUCGCCCAGGUGGAAGAAGGCCAGUUGGGUCCCUUCAUGGACUCGUUGAUGCCGAACAUUUUGAAGGCCCUCGAGGACCGCAACUCGAGCCUCAAACUCGACGCACUCAUCUUUUUGCGCCAGCUCAUGGCCACCCACGAGCCGUCGCUCUUCACAAAGCACAUGAAGGCGAUUGUUCAUUUGGCUGUCGCCAAUGCCAACGACGAGUGGUACAAAAUUGUUGCCAAGUCGCUCUCCCUCGUUGGCACGAUCGUGCACGUUAUCCGUCCAUCGACUGGCGCGGUGUUGGCCCAAGACAUGGCGGUCUUUGUACAGCCCCUCUUCAACGCGGUGCUCCCGCGCCUCAAGGCGUACGACAUUGAUCAAGAGAUCAAGGAUGGCGCUAUCGCGAGCAUGGGCCUUAUCAUCUCCACGAUCGGCGAUCAUCUGAGCAGUGACGACCUCAACGCGGUGCUGCCCAUGAUUCUCGAGCGCAUGCAAAACGAAAUCACUCGCAUUGCUGCCAUGAAGUCGUUGUCGACGAUCGCCCGCUCGCCGCUGCCGCUGGACCUCUCGAUCAUAUUGACGGACGCCAUUGUCUGCCUCUCGCAGCUUUUGCGCCAGCAGUCGCGCACGCUCAAGCAGACGGCGUUGGAUACGCUCAUCGCCUUGGUUCAAAGCAAGGGUGCGUCGGUGGCUGCUGCGAGCCUCUGUGACACGAUUCAAGAAGCGUCGGCCUUGAUUUCGGACUCGGACUUGCAACUGAGCCAGCUCUCGUUGACGCUCGUCUCGGCCAUUCUUACGACGUCGCCGUCGGCAGCCUCGGACGCUGUGGUCGUGACCAAGGUGUUGCCCAACGCGCUGCUCUUGUCUGCGAGCGCCCUGCUUCAGGGCCCCGCCUUGGAAGCGCUCUUUGUGCUCUUGCGCCAGCUCGUCGCUGCCGAAAGCCAUGG